GCUGGUUUGCAGUGGGGGCCGUGGUGCCCUGCCUGGUCUCGCUUGUUGGUUUGGGGGCGGGCCGCCACUCCCCCAGGUGGAGGGGGCGACCGGGACCGUCGAAGGCCGGCCGUACAUCCUUGGGUUGGAGGUCAGAGGUUAAAGGUCAUGCCUUUGUGGAACGUCGGGGCUCCGCCCGUUUAAGAAAAUGAGGCAGAAGGAAGUAUUAACCAAGACCUUCCAAGGCCCGGCCGUUGUGUGUAGGACUCCGAGCAGCCAUGUUUACGUGUUUAAGGAUGGCAGCGGGGACUCGGGGGACUCCUCCGAGGAAGAGUCACGUCGCCUGGUUCUGCGGCCCCGGGGCAAGGAGCGCCACGAAGACUGCGCCCCCCACCCUCACCAGCCAGGAGCCACCGACGUGGUCCUGCUGCAGCGGGAGCUGGCCCAGGAGGACAGCCUCAACAAGCUGGCGCUGGAGUACGGCUGCAAAGUGGCAGAGAUCAAGAAAGUCAACCACUUCAUCUGCGAACAAGACUUAUAUGCUUUAAAAUCUAUUAAGAUUCCAGUGAAAAACCAUGGGAUCCUAACGGAGACACACAAAGAGCUAAAACCCCUCCCGAGCCCGUCCUCAGAGACCCGAGUGACCUUCACGGAGCUGCCGGACCCAGACAGAGCAGCUGCAGGCGCUGGGGGCCAGUCCAGCCAGCUGACAGAUUUCUUUAAGGGGAUUGACCAGAACAUUGAGCGUGCAGUGCGGUCAGAAAUCUUUUUACAUGAAAGUUACUGCAUCGAGACCUCCAAUCAGCCGCUGCUUCCUGCUACUCAGAAGUCACCGACAAAUGGUACGGACUGUGGAAUUCAGUGGUGGAAUGCUGUUUUUAUCAUGCUCCUGAUUGGGAUUGUUUUGCCAGUGUUUUAUUUAGUCUAUUUUAAAAUACAAGCUACUGGCGAGACACCUAGUAGCUGGAACACAACAGCUGUCCCCAGUGACUCGAUAGCAAUGACUGCAAUUCCAGGGAAAGCCCCCAAAUUAGUGAUGCCAGUGCCAGCCAUUCCCAAUUCAGACAGCCAUUUCGGUCAGACCACCCACGCAGGGAACUAAGCUUUUUGUUUUUAAAGAAUUAGCCCAGCUUUAGCAGCUGGGCUCCUGAUGUGCAUCAGCUGUCACUGGCCACAUCCUGAGGUGCUGCGUUUUCUUCUCUACGACUGAUGGACACCUUUCAUACAUCACUGUUGUGUUCUCAAUUGCACUCGCCCUGGGGAACAGCCUCCCCUGACAUAAGGCUACGGGACCCAGACACUGUUCCUUUGGCCUCCUGUAUCCAGAGAGGUGAGAGAGACCGUCACGGGUUGCUGCCUCUUAAGGACAUUUAAUGGACUGGCUGUGAGUGUCCCCCAGGUUGGACGUGCUGGGGAAGAGGACUGGCCUUAACAAGGAGGCCUGCAGUGUGAGCCGCACCAGGGUUGGCGUCUGGCCGCCUGGCUGUUUGCAGCUCCAUGCCUGCUACGGAGGGGGACCUGCUCUGAGAGGUGGUGCUCUGUGUCUCCCCAGCAGAGCUGCCUCAGCCUCCUUUAGGGAGUGACCGGUUGAAAUCGUAACAAGCCCUACUUCGUGUUUGCCUCAUCAGUUAGCCUUUGUGAGGCAGUGUCACUCCUAGACUUGAAAAAGCCCCGAAUCCAAACUGCUGUAGUACUGGGGAAACUGCGGUUCUCUUCACUGCACCUUUAGACGUGCUUAGUCUGAAACACAGGCAUGUGUUAAGUCGCAGUGUGGUGUGGCCGGCACCUCCUGGCGGGACACACGGGGCUGCUGCCAGUUUCACGUGAGGAGUGCGUCCAAGUGAGCGUUCUUUGAAAGAUGUCUUGCUGGCCCAGGGUGCAGACCUGACCGGGUGUGGAGAGAAGGGUGAAGGCCUCUCUAAUGAGGCUCCAGCACACGUUCACUUCCAUGUGCCCCUCUUCUAAGGCUGCGCAGACCCCUGGAAGGGUGGUGUCGGGAGCACGGGGCACUCGGCCUGCUCCUUCCCCGACUUUGUUCUUGGGGAUGCUGGAGCCACAGCACGAGAUGGGGCGCAGUUGCUUUUCCUAGGUGACACCUCUAGAGUAAAACUACGUACAGUGUAGCUUAGUGCUGAAAGACUCAACACUUAGCGGGGCAUCUAGGGGUGCCGCACACUGUGACAGGCCACUAAAGGAGGAGGCCUGGUACCUGUGGGCCUGAGGUGUGCCCUGUGAGAGUUCUCUCCAUCCCGUCCCCCCAGGACAAGGCAGCAGUGAUGCUGAGGCUGGAGGGGCAGGACUGAGGGGUGGGGGGGGCCCACUGCUGCCCCGGGGGCUGCUCUGGCAGGAGCCCGGCCUCGGGUCAUGGAGGGGUGGAAAUGGGCGCCUCAGAGAGGUUCACAGGGAGCCAAACGCUGAGCUUUGGUGGGAGUGGAUGGCAUUUGACCACCUCAGACUGGCUUUUUGGGAAGACCUUGACACAUUUGGCCUAGAGAUAAAUGUAAGCGAUCUCUUCACUGAGAGGAGGAGGUGUGGAGAGAGUACUUGAAAUAGCCUUCCAUUUUCUUAUCAGUUGGUGUGAAAAAGCAGCGAUUCGCCCAGGUUCAAUUACCAAAUUUAAAUAAUCUUCAAAAUUUAAUGUUUUCUUAGAUACCACGAUGAUCUCCGGGAUAAAAUGAACUUGUGAAACUUUUGCUACGGGAAAUGUUUUGAUCAUGUAAUGGCUUUUCUGGCCAAAUGUUCAUGCUCGCUGUGCCGCCAGGGGGCACGCUUCUACCACAUCUGUCACCACAACCCAGGCCCAGUCAGAGCCCCGUGGGAAAGUCACUUUUGUCAAAGAACAAAUAUCUGUAUCUGCUACUUUUCUCAAAUGGAAUAAAAUAAUUUCUUCUGUGAAGGAAAAUUGAGUCCGCCCUUUUUAAUUUGGGGGUUGAUAAUUCAGAAUUAAAAGACAUGGGACAAUGGUGGAGAAGAUGAAGGUGUCCAGGUCCUGAGGGCCCUGUGUGCCCUGUGUGCCUGGACACAGCAGCCCAGGGCCUGGGCCAGGGUUCCGUGAGCCGCGAGGGACAGGAAGUGUAACUAGCAAACUGCUGACUCGCCUGUGUGACGUGGUUUACAGCUGUGUUACCAGGUGUGCAUAAGACACACCUUGGAGCUCAUUUCUUGCAUAUUUUCUUUCAGUGU